AUGGAUAAACUUCCACCUGAGUUCAAACGGUUGUUCCGCUUGUUCUAUAUCCUCAAUACCCGGCUCACGUUCCUACUGACUCAUAGUUCAUCAACUAUCCCUUCCUACGACGUAAUAGCCAAAUUCUAUCUGCCCCAAGAUGAUCUACACCCAGUGGAUUUGGCCAUCAUAAAAGCAUUGCUACCUGAAGGUGACGUGUUCUACGACUAUGUUGACGAGAAUCAACUCCAUCUCCUGUUUGUGGAGAAGGUAGACUUCAAUUGGAAGACUGGCUACCAUCAACAUAAAGAAUCUGAGUCCAUAGACGACUUGAAAAAUGGUGGUGGCAAUAACAGUGAUCAAAUCUUGAUCUUUGACUUUAGAGAUGCCAGAAUCAAUAGCAUUGCAAGCACAAUGUUCAAGCGACGUAAGCCUAACAACGUUGGAAGAGGAGAUGACUUAUUCUUCUUACUGCUGAAGGAAUUAAAGCUUCAGAACCUUACAACAAAACAAAUCCAAGGGAUCAUUGCCUCUAGAAACGACAAGUUUCUAAAAUGUAUAAAUACCUGGCUAGAUCAGUACUCUGAUGACGAAGUCGCUAACAAUAUCCCUAUGGACAAACUAAAGACUUUAGCUGUACUUCCUGUGCCCCAAGUCUUUGUUGAUCCAAUAGAAAACUUGGUCACAUCAACGUCAUCAUCAUCAUCAUCAUCAUCAUCAACAGAUGCCAAGCAGUACCCUACAAUUGAUAUGAUGCUCAAAGCAUUGCAUCAAAAACCAUUUUACAAAGACCAAAUAGUAACUACUAAGGUACUAAAUCCACCUAGAGCUGCUAAAACAAACACUAUCAAUUUGGAAUUCAUUCAUCCCGAUCUCCAAUUGGGUCUUGACUCACUAAAGAAAAUAGAUCUUGAAAAGGAUCUAUAUACUCAUCAGGCUCAAGCUAUUGAUGCUUUAAUUAGUGAAAACUUGAAACAUGUGAUUGUCACCACUUCUACCAGCUCAGGUAAAUCACUUAUCUAUCAAAUCCCAGUGCUUAAUGAUAUCUUAUGGGAUAUUGACUCCGGAUUGAAAGGUAGACAUUCCACUGCACUAUUUAUCUUCCCCACCAAGGCAUUGGCUCAAGAUCAAAAACGUCAUCUCCAAGAUUUGAUAGAUAAAUUACCAUUGAAUAACAAACGAAAGAUUAUCAUCGAUACUUAUGACGGUGACACACCAAGUUCUUUAAGAAGAGGCAUACGUUCUCAUGCGGAUAUUCUCUUUACAAACCCUGACUCAAUUCAUGCAUCUAUCUUGGCCCACCAUGAUACUUUGGAUGACCAUUCAAGCUGGGAACAUUUCCUCAAAAGCCUAAAGUAUGUGAUUAUGGACGAAUUACAUGUCUACAAGGGAACAUUUGGAGUCCAUGUUGGUUUAGUCAUGUCCCGGUUAAGAAGGAUCUGUGAUUCACUUGGUAAUGUUGAUAUCCAAUGCAUUUCAUGUUCAGCAACCAUCAAUGAUUCAGUUGAACAUUUCAAAACUGUCUGUGGGAUCCCUCCAACUGAAGCAGUGGUUCAUAUCUUUGAAGAUGGUAGUCCAUGUUCUGAAAGACGUCUUGUGAUUUGGAGACCGCCUCCGUUAAUGAAUAAGUUGGGGAAAACUGCUGCUACAGAACAAUCAGCUACUACUUCCACUAAUAAUUAUACUGCUAGUCCCUUUAUUCCUAGAGAAAGUGCUACUACAGAACUGGCUAAAAUCUUGUUACAAUUGUUAACCAAUGUUCCUAACAUAAAGGUGAUUGUCUUUUGUACAAUCCGGAAGAUUUGUGAACUUUUAAUGAAGGAAGUCAAGUCCCUCUUAAAGGAACAAAACAAGUUUGGUCCAAUAAAGGUGGAUAAUAAUGAUAUUAUGGCUUAUCGUGGAGGUUAUAGUAAAUCUGAUCGUAGAAUCAUUGAAAGGAAAAUGUUUAAUGGUGAUUUAAAAGCAAUCAUUGCUACUAAUGCUUUAGAAUUAGGUAUAGAUUUGGCUGAUUUAGAUGUGGUUAUUACUUCUCAAUUCCCAUUUCUGAAACUGAAUUUACAUCAACAAUUUGGUAGAGCAGGAAGAGCUAAAGAUUCUAAAGGAAGUUUGGCCAUAUUUGUUGGAGGUUCAAAUGCCACUGAUCAACAUUACAUGACAAAUCCAGAUGAGUUGGUUGAUCGUUCAACUUAUGAAGAUUUGUGUGUCACAUCUCUUAUCAAUGGUGGCUCUACUGAUUCUAUUAUGGAAGCUCAUUUACAAUGUGCAGCCUAUGAGAUACCUUUAAACAUAAUGGAAGAUAUGAAAUAUUUUGUGAGAGAGACAAGUGAUCAUGAUGAUCUGAUUAAAGAGAAUAACUAUUCACAAAUAGUGUUGAAGAAUUUAAUUAAAGAUAACAAAGGCUAUUAUAGAACGCUGCCAAAAUAUUUACCUGAUCCUCAUACAAAGGUGACUAUCAGAGCAGUGGAAGAAGAUACUUAUGCAGUGGUUGAUCUUACCAACAAUAGGAACAUUGUCAUUGAAGAAAUUGAAGCCUCAAGAACCAGCUUCUCAAUUUAUAAGGGAGCCAUUUUCCUUCAUCAAGGGUUACCCUAUUUGGUUGAAGAGUUUAAUGCUGAAGGGAAAUAUGCAAAAGUGAAAAGAGUUGAUGUUGAUUGGAUCACUCAACAAAGAGACUUUACUGAUGUUGAUCCACAAGAAACUCAGCUUAUUAAGCCAUUACAUCCCAUAGAUCUUCCACUUCCAAGUGAUAUUCCUGCUUAUUUUGGUCUUGUUCGGUCUAGAACAAUAGUGUUUGGGUAUUUCAAAGUCAAUAGAAGAGGUGAAAUCCUUGAAGCCGAAGAAGUUAAUAAUCCUCCAUUCAUAGUUGAUUCCAAGGGAUUCUGGUUAGAUAUUCCUUCCUCUGCUCUCGAUGCUAUCACCAAAAAGAGUUUAUCACCUGCUGGAGGUAUUCAUGCGGCUCAACAUGCCCUUAUGAACAUGCUUCCAAUAUUUGUUAGUGGUGGAGCAACCACUAAUCCCAAUGCAAAGUUUUCUGGGGCAACUUCAAGUGUUGGAGAAGCAGAAUUGAUAACUGAAUGUAAAGCUCCUGAGAAAGAAUUUGCAAAGAGACAAACAACAAGAAUAAGGCCAGCAAGAUUGAUCUUUUACGAUGCAAAAGGAGGUAUUGAUGGGUCAGGAAUAUCAGCAAACGUGUUUAAACAAAUUGACCAUAUUCUUUAUGCCACUUACAACCGAGUGGUUGACUGUGAAUGUGUUUGGGGGUGUCCUUUAUGUGUUUGUGCAAGCUUCUGUAAGGAAAGUAAUGCGGUGAUGUCCAAACCAGCAGCUAUCAUCAUUUUGGCAGCUUUCCUAGGGUUAGAUAUACUUCUGGUUGCUGAGGGUUUACCUGAUGGGCCAGAAGAAAAUAUGCCUUCAAUUGAAGUUGAAACAGUAGCACCAGUUGCUGCACCAAUCAAGUUUGCAACGGAUGUACAAAUUGUUCAAACCAGAAGGAUCCCGAAUGAAGUUCAGAUCAAACAAGAAGAUGAAAAGGAAGAUGACAAUGAAGUCAAGCAAGAAGAGGAAGAUGUUGAGUUGGAUACUUCAAUAAUAAAAAAGGAAACAAUAUGA